AUGUUCGACUCCGCGAGCUUCCAUUUCGCCAACCCCCUCGACAAAAGCCGAGCCCAUGGAGCUGGAGCCGCCCUCACGUCAGCAGACGUCGUCACGACCGGCCUGGGCGGUCAACCAGUCUACUCCCCAGCCUCGCCACCCGUGAAUGAACGACGAGGUCAUCAGAUCACAUCCAUCACUCCUCCUCCAUCAAAUGGCACAUGGGGAGCGAGCCAGAGCCUCAUCGUUCCCGUACUUCCCCAUACUCCUCCAAGAACGCCGACCAUCAGCCACCGCGUCCCCCUCGAACUCAAGGCUCCGGACGGAGGACCGAUUAACAAGAGGAAACGGGCCAGCAAGCCGAAGGUCCGGUCGGGCUGUAUUACUUGUAAGAUCCGGAGGGUCAAGUGCGACGAGGCCAAACCUACGUGUAAGCGAUGUGGAAAGGCCGACAUCAAGUGCGACGGCUACGUCAAGGAUGCUGCCGAGGUCAAGAGGGCAGCCGAAAAGAGGGAGAUGAUGAAGGCAGCACAGGCGGCGAAGAGACAGAUUCUACCACGACCCGACCCGGCCAGCUCGCAGACAACCACCCAGGCUCUCAUGCGGGCCAAUCCGACUCUCAUCCAGAUCGACAGCGCCGACGUUUCCUACUACGAUCUCUUCCGCAACCAGUUGAUCCGGGAUCUCUCCGGCACAACUCACUCCGACUUCUGGUCUCGAAUAGUGCUCAAUGAGAGCUCGAGGGACCCGUGUGUGAAGGAAUCCAUCCUGGCCAUCGGAGCGAUAUCUCAGACGCUCUUCUUCCAGAAUUCCCAUGGCAACACGCUCGGUAGCAGACCGCCGACCCUCAAACCGUGGGACGGGGGAUCACCCAGUGGCGGCUACCUCAGUCAUCACCAUCGAGCGGCAUUGCAGCACCACAUCAAAGCCGUCUCAGUCUACAGGCAACGAAUUCAGAAAGGCACGGCGGGGUCGUCGCCGAGAUCAGUCAUAAUUAUGACGCUGCUGCUUAUCGCGUUCGAGUUCAUCCAGGGAAAUAUGAAGGCCGUUGAUCUUUUGAUGGGAACCGGCAUGCGACUCAUCGAGAGCUCCGUCACGCUCAUGCAGAGGUCAACCAGUAGUAGGGAAGAUGACGCUGGAGGCCAGCAUCAAGCGCUAGCGGCUCGCUUCAAGAAGGUCAUGCGAGAGGACGAGAUGGACGACAUCGAGCACCUACUUCCCUGCUUAUCCCUCAUGAGCGGCUUCACCCACUUUUUCAACUCACAUCGAGACGCCAUCCCUCUCAUGAACAGCACGCCUUCGGUCCAACUCCCGCAACCUGGUGUUACAGACGUAUCAAAACUCCAGAUCUUAUGGGGCAAGUUCUUCACGCGGGCCGUCGUGUUCAUAAUGCGCGGCAUGCACAUGCUAAUGACGCACACCAUACCACGGAACCCGGCAGUGAAGAACGAGAAGGACACCUUCCUGACCUAUCUCGGCAUGUGGAAGUCAAUACUGGACGUCUACCUCCUGGACCCGAACGUGGAGAAGACGACGCGGAGGGCGCUGGAGAUGAUCAAGAUCCAGCGGACCAUCGUCUACGUACUCAUCAGCUGCAGCCUCGAGCAGACGGAAAUGGAGUUCGACGCGUUCGAGCCCGAGUUCCGCGAGAUGAUGCAGAUGACGAUGCGCUUCAUGCGCGACCCGGAGCCGCUGUCCAAGAUCGCCUUCACCUUCGCUGAGGGCCUGACGACGCCGCUGACGACCAUCAUCGCCAAGUGCAGGAACCACGACCUCCGGAUGAAGGCGGCGAACCUGAUGAAGAAGCUCUCGUGGCGGGACGGGGCGUGGGACGGCAAGGCGCUGGUGGUGGGCAAGCUGGGCGUGGUGAUGCUCGAGGAGCAGAGGAUGGACGCCAAGGGGAGGAUCCCGCCGGACUCGAGGUGGAUCUGGUCGGACGCCAAGUGGGAUCUGGAGAAGAGGGAGGUGGUUUCGACGUAUGUCCGUCUGGCGCCGGACGAGAACGGGCGGCCGGUUCGCACGACGUUGGUGUUGGAUAUCGAUAAUCCGCCGGACUCUUGCAGUCUGAGGGGUUGUACUGGACGUCACGAUCCUUGGGAGGACUUCAUCCCAGACAGGUCAUAG